UCGUUUACUGAACAUGAAGAAGAGCUUAAAAUUUAAAAAAGACCCUGAGACAAACAGUUUCAAACACCAUCCAAGUACAGUAGUUUUCCCGUUUUAUAUUUAUCCGGACUUUGGCUCCUCAGUCUCUGCUUGGCAAACUUUAUACGAAAGUGCUCUUGACAAUAGCCUUCAGUUCAUCGUUAUUAUUAAUCCUAACGACGGCCCAGGCUUUAAAUUAAAUCUUGAAUACCAACUUGGAUGCGAAAAGUUAAAUAAUUUUGUAAAGCUCUUUGGUUAUGUUAGCACUACUUAUGGAACUCGAGACAUGCAAGAAGUUAUUGAAGAUAUCGAAAGAUGGGUGGUUUGGUAUAGUAUUUCAGGACUAUUUCUGGAUGAGGUAACCAGUCAUAAGCAAGAUUUAACAUACUACCGGCGUCUUUGCAGUUUUAUCUAUAGUAAAUAUGGAAAACUUUUUCAAAUAAUGUUAAAUCCUGGGCGAGUUCCCCAUGAGGAUUACUUUAGACUUUGCAACUAUAUAGUUACGUUUGAAAACUUCUAUUCUAACUGGAACAAAGAAAAUCUUUAUCAAUACGACGGUAGUACCAUCAAACACCACCACUUUUCGGAAGAAUUAAAUACUGAUUUUGAGUGCUGCACUCAAGUGGCUUUAAUACACUCUUGCCCUUCCGAAUUUGUCAUGAAGAAAGCCUUAAAACUUUGUAAAGUAAGAAAGCUUCGCGCCAUAUUUAUAACGAACGAGAAGAUGCCUAAUCCGUGGAAUAAAAUUCCAAAAUAUUGGCCUCAGUUUUUAUAUAAUUUAAAAAUGCAGCAAUAA